CGCACAUCUGGCUUUGAGUUCGCCCCUUCGCAGGCAAAUAAUUAGGUUGCGGCUGAAAUUUGAGCGACGGGAGUUUCAAAUGUCAAAAUAUUCGCUCGAGGGGAAGGAAAGGAGACGAGGUUGAAACAUGUCUGGGAUCUCAGGUAACGGGAAGCUUCGCCAGUGGCUGAUUGAGCAGGUGGAUGGAGGGAAAUACCCCGGGCUGGUGUGGGAGGACCGCGAGAAGAACACGUUCCGGAUACCGUGGAAACACGCCGGCAAGCAGGAUUAUAACCGUGAAGAAGACGCGGCGCUCUUUAAGGCCUGGGCGCUCUUUAAAGGCAAAUAUCGCGAAGGCAUCGAUAAACCGGAUCCUCCGACCUGGAAAACGCGCCUCCGCUGCGCCCUCAACAAGAGCAACGACUUCGAGGAGCUGGUGGAGAAAAGUCAACUGGACACCUCAGAUCCUUAUAAAGUGUACAGGGUCAUCCCUGAGGGCACCAAGAAAGUGUCCUGUGAAAGAACUUCUACAAUGACAAGCCCUCACAGCUUCCCACUGUACCCAACAUACACACCUCUGCAGAGUCAAGUUUCAAACUACCUCCCCCCAGGUGAGAAAGGAUGGAGAGAUUUACCAGAGCAAGUCCAGAUCUAUCCCUACAAUCCAAACUCAUACGGCACGUCCUGGGACCCAGUCAGUUACCAGUUCAGCAACUCCUUCUACAGCUGCAAUGGUUUUGACCCAUCACCAUCCACCUUUAACGUGGAGCAGAGCAUGAGAUCUUUCGCCUUCUCGGAUCUCAGACUGCAGGUGUGGGUAUUCAGUGGGGAUUCUCUGAUCAGGGAAAUGACCGUGUUCAGCACCGAAGGCUGCAGAUUGGCUCCUUACGAGGAGAACCAGAGUUACGGAGGCCCUGAACUGGUGCCCCUUCCUCAGGGCGAGGGCACGGAGCUGGAGCGUGGUGUAUUGAUCUGGAUGGCUCCGGAUGGUCUGUGUGCCCGUCGUCUGUGUAACGCCAGAGUGUAUUGGGAGCUGGCGCCCACCACCUCGACCAAUACUAAUGCUGACAAACCAAAUAAACUGGAGAGGAACCAGACAAGCAAACUUCUGGACAUCCAGCAGUUCUUUACAGAAUUACAAGGCUACUAUCUCCAGGCACGUCCUCCACCAGGCUUCCAGGUCCUGCUGUAUUUCGAGCAGUGCAACGACAUACACGUUCACAGGAGGCCAAUAACAGUGCAGGUGGAGCCACUGUUUGCUCGCCAGUUGUUCAUCUUGAGUCAGCAGAGCAGCGCACACCACAUGAGGUCUCCUGAUAAUGCACCAGUGCUGUGGGAGCAGGUGCCCCUUUCUCAGCAGAACUACUACACGGGGAGUUCCCAACAGCAGGACAUGUUGCAUGACUAGAUUCCGUGGGACAGGAGAGGAGAUAACCUACUGUUUUGCUUGUUCAAAUUGCAUUAAACCAGCGUCUGGAGCAGGAAGGGGGAAAAGUCUGGCAGUUUUUUUUUUAGUAUUUCUGUAGUAGCAUUACUGUAAUUAUAUGGCAUCUUGCUCAUUAUAGACUUCCUUUCACUGCAAUAAAUAAGUCUGAAAAAAUUAAAUGUACGGAUGAAAUUUUUCUAAAUGAUCUGGUACGAGGAAAAAGAAUGCAACCUUUAAAAAUUAAGCUUUUAUUUUUUAUUUUUUUUGUCUUUAAUGCAUUCUUUCUCAAAUGUGGCUUAUU